GCUUGUCAUUCAGUUUUGCCGACUGUCAAGCCACCAGCUGCCCUGAAUCACAAUCAAAACAAGAGAAAAAAGUGAGAAAAAUCAAAAAUGAGUUCGUCGGAUGAGGAUUUUCCGGAUGACUAUGUCAUGUAUUGCAAUCGCGAGGACUGGUCUGAUGUAACACCCAUUCCGCAAGACGAUGGCCCAAAUUCCGUCGUAAAAAUCAUGUACAGCGAUAAAUUUGUGGAUGUUUAUGAUUAUUUUCGGGCCGUUGUUCAUGCCAAAGAGUAUUCGUUGCGUGCUCUCGGGCUCACGGAAGACGCUUUACGGCUCAAUGCUGCCAAUUACUCGGUUUGGCACUACCGACGGGACAUUUUAAAAGCUUUAGACUUGGAUUUGUACGAAGAACUAAACUAUGUCGAGGAGGUAAUCAUCGAUAAUCCGAAAAAUUAUCAAGUUUGGCAUCACAGACGCGUCAUUGUCGAGUGGUUGAACGACCCCAAAGAGGAACUCGAGUUCACGGCGAAGAUUUUGGACAUGGAUGCGAAAAAUUAUCAUGCCUGGCAGCAUCGACAAUGGGCCAUCAAGACCUUCAACUUGUGGGAUGACGAGUUAUUUUACACGGACAAACUCAUUUCGCAGGACAUUCGGAAUAAUUCGGCGUGGAAUCAGCGAUUUUUUGUGCUGCAACACACGGGCUUCACGGAAGAUGUCAUCGAUCGGGAGCUGCAUUACGUGAUGAACCGGAUUAAGAUAAUUAAGAACAACGAGAGCUCCUGGAAUUAUUUGAGGGGUAUUUUGCAGAGAAAUGAAGGUGGUUUGACCUCGAAUCCGGAUGUCGUGCAGUUUGCGGAGGAUUUGUACGCGGAAGGAGUUCAUUCGCCGUAUUUGUUGGCGUUUCUGUUGGAUGUUUAUGAGGAAAAAUGUCUUGCCAACUUGAAAGCUGAAGAUUUUGCCGAGACUGAAAAGAAGUUUUAUGACAUUUGUGAAAAGUUGGAGACGAAAUUCGACACGAUUCGAGCGAAAUAUUGGCGAUAUUUGGGCGAGAGCUUCAAAACGAAGGUCCUUGCGGCGAAAGUAGAUGUUUAAAAAGUGUUUUUUGUAGUCAAAUAAAUCCCAUUUUUACCA